UGCCGGCUGGUGCAUUACCAUUUCACGGCCCCUUCCCACGAGAUAAGCUCCCAACGUUACCUCUCUAAUGGCGAUCAUUUUCACCAUUUUAGGUUUUCAGAGCUCUAUUCCUCAAUAGCCCCAACUUUACUUUGAUCAAUCUCUUCUUCUUACAGAUUUCUACCACGGAGCUAUACCAUGUCUUCGUUGACUCUAAAACCCUCCUUUCCCACUUCUAAACUGUCAUUUCUCUCAUCAUCUUCUUCAUCUUCGUCUACUUUUCCUCGCUUCUCUCCAAUUUCCUUUCCAAGGAAGCUGAGGUAUGGUGUUGCGUUGCGCCUUCGUGCUUACAACUCUUCCAAGAGCGACAGUCCCGAUGCCUCUUCUGGCGAUUCUAAGCUUCCCAACGGUACUUUGCCAAAAACCCGGAGAGACAUUCUGCUGGAAUAUGUUAAAAAUGUCCAGCCAGAAUUCAUGGAAUUAUUUGUUCAGAGGGCACCACAACAGGUUGUUGAAGCUAUGCGCCAAACAGUCACAAAUAUGAUUGGAACUCUACCUCCGCAGUUUUUUGCAGUUACUGUCACCACAGUUGCUGAAAAUCUUGCACAGCUCAUGUACAGUGUAAUGAUGACGGGAUAUAUGUUUAAAAACGCUCAAUAUCGCUUAGAACUGCAGCAAAGUUUAGAGCAGGUUGCUCUCCCAGAACCGAAGGAAGAAAAGGAUGAUUCGAAUUAUGCUGCUGGUACACAAAAGAAUGUCACAGGUGAAGUUAUCAGGUGGAAUAAUGUGUCUGGUCCCGAGAAAAUUGAUGCUAAAAGGUACAUAGAAUUACUUGAAGCAGAGAUAGAGGAACUGAAUCGUCAAGUAGGUAGAAAAUCUUCACAAGGUCAAAAUGAACUGUUGGAAUAUCUCAAAACACUUGAACCCCAAAAUCUAAAGGAGUUAUCAAGCAGCGCUGGUGAGGAUGCUGUGGAUGCAAUGAAUACAUUCAUAAAGCGCCUAUUAGCGGCCUCAGAUCCAACUCAAAUGAAGACAAGUGUAACAGAGACAACAGCACCAGAGCUGGCGAAGCUUCUGUAUUGGCUAAUGGUGGUUGGCUACGGCAUUCGCAACAUCGAAGUUCGGUUUGACAUGGAAAGAAUUCUGGGGAGCUCACCGAAGCUUGCAGAAUUACCUCCUGGAGAAAUCGUGUAAGGCAGCAAGCAAGAUAGAGCCCUGAAUGUGAGUUUUCUUUUAUAAUUUUUAUAUAAUCCAUAGCCGACUAAACUAUGAUCGGAAGGAGCAAACUUCUGCAUCAUCAUCAUCACUCACUCACCACCAUUUUAUAAACGUAAAAGAACAAAGUUUCUUGGACUAUGAUGUAGCAGACCUUAACAAUUUAUAAAAUUUUGUUCUCACAUUCUUUUAA